ACCAAAUCCAAGACUUGUUGUUAUUAUUAUUUCUUCUACAUAUUGGGCAUUUUGCGCCUCACGCUAAAACCUCCGCGCACACCUCUCGCAAGAUCGGCAUUGGCUUCGGUCGGAGUCUUUGAGGCUUGGAGACCCUACGAGCGUUACUUUCCCAAUCAUCUGGAGGGACAGAAUUCCUGCCUGUCUCACACUUGUCACCGCAAGAGACGAGUGAAAGGAUCGCGUCGCCUUUGUCCUUGAGCAAAUCACCGUCCUCUGACCCCCAAGUGCGGAACUGCGUUACGAUUGGAAUCUUGAAGAGGAGGCAAUCGCAUUCCCAAGGCCUUCUUGUUGCCCGACAAGAUGAACCCUCAACAUUCCGGAGCGGCGACUCUGCCAAAAGGCUUCCGCUUCCACGAUCUGGAUCAGCAGAACCCCAAAACGCCGGAGCCUUUUGCCACGAAUGAGGAGCUGCAGCCACCCUCUCCGCCGCGUCCUCGGCUGAGAUUGAAAAGACGCGUCGCAUCCAACCUCGCCGCCCCUACCUCCCAGUUUCUCGCGUCGGUCGCUGCUGCCGAUGUGCCAAUCCCCAGCAUCGAAGAGCCAGAGUCCUCUGGCGCAAACAAGCAGAUCUCCAGCAUGACAUACCCAGUCAUCCACAACCUCGGGGACCUGGAUGGCCUUGGGUUUCAGAAGCUUCGCGGCAGACGUUUUUCUCCACCCAGAACGCCAGCACCCGGCGCCGCGCCUUCGCUUUCGCCUCAACGCUAUCCCGACUGGUCCAUCGACUCUGCCUUCAGUAGCGGCGAGUCAACGCCGGAGUUCGAGUCCAGCCGGCCAUCCACUGCACGGUCCACCCAAACCAGCGCGUCUAUCUUCAGCCGCUUCUCCCUAACGUCUGAUGAUCUGGAGUGCAUCAGUCCCGAGACUGACGCAUCGGACCACGUUAAGCAAUCGUUCUUUGACAGUUUUGAUGAGCCUGCCGACCCUCCUCCACCCAAGCCUAAGUCGAGGAGGCGGAAGGCUCCUUGGACAAAGGCUAUGAGCGAUCAUCUCUGGGCUACCUAUCUCACGUAUCUGCAAGACCCCAAGGUCACGCCAUUCCGCACCGGCAAAAGCUGCAUCCCUCCCCACGGCGUGUGCCUCCGUGUGGCAAGGGAAGCGAAGAGGAGUUGGCGAGGUCCCAAAGGCGGAAGAAAGUCGCUGAACCCAAAGAGCGGGAGCAACACGCCAACCGUCGAGGCUUGCACCUUUCUCCAGUGGCCACAUACUUGUGCGGCCACCCGAGCGCACCUGAGGGAGCUGUGUAAGUUGAAAGCGGCUUCGUCGUCGGCCCGGACAUCCCAGUUUCUCGCCAACAGCCCGACGCCUUUCGGCAGGACGGCGGCAAGGUUCUGGAACCGCAGGUCCACUCCGGCCCGGUCCCCUUCCGUCUUCGCGGCGCAUGACAUGUCCAUGUCCCUCACCCUUAGCACUUCAGAAGCUAUGCAGCCUCAAGGUCCUCUGGCACAGCUCACAAAGUCGAGCCCCGAACUUGCCCAGGAGCCCAUGACGGAACCGUUCCCUCUACUACUACCAGUAGAGGCCGACAAGCUGGACAUUCCUCUGGGCGAACGCCCGCGGCUCGGGUCGCCGUUCAUGGCCAAGAGCUAUGGGCCCAGCUCGACUGGCGCGUUGGCUGCUGCCGCGUCCUCGAUGCCGCAAAGGCAGAAUCAGAGCCUCGGCCGCAGACGCACUCUCCAGUCGCCGGCGCGCCUGACGAGAAGCCGGUCCAAUACGCAGAAGCGCGUCGGGAGACCCAGACAGGGCUCGCAUGAGCCAAGAAAGACGAAGCGGCCCAGUCUUGUCUCCGAUCUUUGGACCGAGCCCAUGCCCUCUGAAGCCCUACCCAAGACACCACUUGAACCAGAUGUUGAGUUUAGCUCGACAGACAACCAUUCGCGCGAUGACCUCUUCGUGCCUCGGACAAAUCUCGCUGGGCUCUUUACGGCACCCAUGCGGAUACCCUCCUCCCGAUCCCAGCUGUCGGAUUCAUCCGAUCCGUUCUUGGCCCCGCCCAAUGCGCCGCCUCAAAGACUGGGAUCGCCCUUUCCCGGGUCCAACACCAGCUUUUCUUUUCCAAACCGGUUCACGCAGCCAGAGGGGUUUGAUCACGGUACCAUCCGACCCUUUGCGACAGUUCAACAGUCGGGUGACGGCGGCUCGGCCCCUCCCCGCAACCUGGCUGACCGAUUGGCCUACAUUGACGAACGUCUUCGGGACUUGAGACGCCGUGACACCAACCGACGCCGAUCCGAAUCCCCGUUUCAGUGAAUGCCUUUCUUUUUAUUCUCUUUGUACAUGCUGCUACGCCCAUUAUUGUCUCACGACUUAUGAGUUCAUGCAAGUCACCUGCCCGAUACCCACGUGGCUUGACACCCGCAAGGACAUGCCCCUCGACUGGUACAUAGACGACAGCACGCUUUGAUGACGAUCCCCGA